GUCGCACUGUUGAAAAAGCACGUUUGUGAUGUUUGACCUUGAGAAUUACCAAUCUUAACAUUCCGGGAGUAUUAUUGACUAGUUGGUAUGUCUGCUCUUUUAGAGGAUAUUUUCGACGUAAAAGAUGUUGAUAAAGAUGGAAAAAAGUUUGACAAAGUAUCAAGAUUGUUUUGUGAAAGUGAAUCAUUCAAGAUGGGAUUGAUUUUGGAUAUUCAUGCCUUAAUAUAUGGUCUUUCAAAGGGUGACAAGUUUCGAAUGGUGCUUACAAAAACGUUGUUGAAUGAACUGGGGACGGAUGCUGAUGACGAUGAUGAAGACGAUGCAGCAGAUGAAACUGACGAGAAGCUAGCGAACAGCAAGAUGGCGGAGUUCGAUUAUGUUUGUUACGGGAAGAUUUAUCGGAUAGAAACCCAAGAUAGUGGAGUUGACGCAAGUAGAUUGUCAUGUUAUGUAUCUUUUGGUGGAUUGCUCAUGCAACUAACAGGAGAUGCUAGUAAUUUGCAAGGUUUCCGAGUCGGAAAACAUUUGUAUUUAAUGAUAAAGAAGUUGGCAUUUUGAAUUC